AUGCUCACUAGGCUAGAUGAAGAGGUGAGAGAGACCAAGAGUCAUAUAACUAGGCUUACAAAUUCAUUGAGUGGGAUAGAGAGAGGGAAGCUCCCUUCCCAAACUCAACCCAAUCCCAUCAAUCAAAAUCUAAAAAUUGGCUUUAAGGAUAAACAUGAGGAAGUAAAAGCUGUGACCAUUUUGAGGAGUGGUAAAGAGAUUGAUAAAAGUUCUCCUUUAGUAACUAAGAAAUCUAAGGAGACCAUAGUUGAAAAAGAGAAGGAUGAAAUUGAGCCACUUGGGCUUGAUGACAUUGAACAAUGCCCAAUCCCUCCACCAUUUCCCCAAGUCUUAAAAUUACCUAGGAAAUUAGACACCACAUCUGAGAUAUUAGAGAAUUUGCAUCAAGUCAAGAUAAAUUUGCCAUUAUUUCAUGUUAUCAAGCAAGUGCCUGCAUAUGCCAAGGUAAUUAAGGACCUAUGCACCAUCAAGAGCAAGCAUCAUGUGAAGAAGACCGUAUUCCUAACAGAACAGGUAAGUGCAGUUAUCCAACAUAAGACCCCGCAAAAGUAUAAGGAUCCAGGUUGUCCUACGAUCUCUUGUACUAUUGGAGAUUACAUCAUGGAGCAUGCAUUGCUAGAUCUUGGGGCAAGUGUUAAUUUGAUCACUUUCAGUGUAUAUAAAAAACUUGGACUUGGUGAGUUGAAAUCUACUUCAAUAACUUUACAGUUGGCUAAUCACUCUGUAAGGGAACCGAGAGGGAUUGUUGAGGAUGUAUUGGUGAAAAUUGAACAAUUUUAUUAUCCUGUUGAUUUUAUUGUUCUAGAUUACCAACCUGUUUUACAUCCUAAUGUUCAUACCCCUAUUAUUUUGGGUAGACCUUUUCUUGCCACAGCUAAUGCUUUAAUUAAUUGCAGGAAUGAGAUAAUGCAACUCACUUUUGGUUCCAUGACUUUGGAGCUAAACAUAUUUCAUGUGGCUAAACAACCACAUGAGGAUGAUGACUGUGCAUAUGUGAACCUCAUUGGGGUGGUGGUUCAAGAAGAGUUUAAUAAGAAUUGUUUCUCUGAUCCUCUUGAAACUCUUCUUAAUAAUUCUGUUGGUUCUUAUGAUUUAGAAUGUGAUAUUCAUGUAUCUGAAAAUUUUUCUUUGUUGGAUUCCUCACAGGUUUUGGAAGAAUAA